AUGCUGCUGUUGGUUGCACUGGGCAUGGUCUUUACUUACACUGUGGUCACCACCGAGGAGGCUAAGAACAUCAGCCACAAGCCACAAGUCAACUACAGCAGCCUUGGGCUGCCAGAAGAGCAUAUUCCCUACUUUCUACACAACAACAGAAAAGUAGCCAAACUGUGCAAAGAGGAUCCGCUUUGCCCUUUUAAAGAUGCUCUGCUGCAUAAAGAGGCCUGCUGGGGCUAUGAGAAGAACUGCUCUCCUGAACACCGGUACGGCUUCCCUGUCUGCACCUCCGUGGACUCUGGAUGGGCGAGUUCACUGCAGACGGCUCAAGAGCUGUUUUGGAAGCAGGCCGACUUUGGCUACGUGAAGGAGCGUCGGAGUGAGAUGAAGACACUCUGUAAGCCUUUAAGUCCAGGCGGCUCGUCCCUUAAAUGUACCAGCCACACACGCUUUUGCAAAGCCACCGAUCUUUAUUUGGACCUGAGAAAGCCACGUAGAGGUCACGAGAGGUACAAAGAGGACUUCCUCCUGGAGGGUGAGAUAGGUGGACACUGCAGGUUAAACAGCAAAGCACUGGCUGCAGAGGGACAGCAUAAGAGUCCUCUACAGUCCUGGUUUGCGGAGUUGCAAACGUACACUGAGCUGGAUUUCCACCCUGUGGAUGAUGGACACUGUGACCUCAUCAUUGAGAGACCCACCGUGUUUAUGAAGCUGGAUGCAGGGGUGAAUAUGUACCAUCAUUUCUGUGACUUUGUCAACCUUUACGUUUCCCAGCACCUGAACAACUCUUUCAGCACGGACAUUAACAUCGUCAUGUGGGACACUAGUUUUUAUGGCUACGGUGACUUGUUCAGUGAAACCUGGAAGGCCUUCUCGGAUUAUGACAUCAUUCAUCUGAAGACCUAUGACUCGAAAAGGGUGUGCUUCAGAGAUGCCUUCUUCUCGUUACUGCCCAGAAUGAGGUAUGGCCUUUUCUACAACACUCCUUUGAUCUCUGGCUGCCACAGUGAAGGGAUGUUCAGAGCGUUCUCCCAGCACGUCCUUCAUCGACUGAACAUCCCACAGGAGGGACCUAAAGAGGGCAAAAUCCGUGUCACGGUCCUGGCGCGGAGCACAGAGUACCGUAGGAUAUUAAACCAGCAGGAGCUUUUAAACGCUCUGAAGACGGUUCCCAUGUUCGAGGUCAAACUGGUGGAUUACAAAUACAAGGAGGUCCCGUUUCUGGAGCAGCUCAGGGUGACCCAUAACUCUGACAUAUUCAUUGGAAUGCAUGGAGCUGGCCUCACACACCUGCUCUUCUUACCUGACUGGGCCGUCAUCUUUGAACUAUAUAACUGUCAGGAUGAGAGCUGCUAUCGAGAUCUGGCCCGCCUGCGGGGAAUUCAUUACAUGACUUGGCAGAAAAGGGACAAAGUGCUCCCACAGGAUAAGGGUCAUCACCCUACUCUGGGUGACCAUCCUAAAUUUACUAACUACUCUUUUGACGUGGAAGAGUUUAUGAGGAUGGUCGUGCUGGCCGCUGACUAUGUGCAACAGCAUAGAAAGUGGCGAUUAAAACAAAGACGCGAUGAGCUUUGA